AUGGCAACCAAAGAACCCUCGCGAACACGCUCAGUUCUUAUCACUGGGUGCAGUGAUGGUGGCAUCGGUGCCGCAUUGGCACAAUGUUUUGCUUCCCACCCCAACCUCCACGUCUACGCAUCAGCUCGAUCCAUUGCCAAAAUGUCCGAGUUAAGCACCAUCCCUAAUAUCACUCUGUUAGCCCUGGACGUCACCUCACCCGAAAGUAUCAAAAUCGCUGUAACAACCCUGCAGAAAGCCACGGGCGGCAGCUUGGACAUUCUUGUCAAUAAUGCCGGUUGCGGAUACACUAUGCCGUACCUGGAUUCCGACAUUGAAGUGGCCAAGGCCUUGUUCGAGGUGAAUGUCUGGGGACCCAUGCGGGUAACGCAGGCAGUCCAACACAUGCUCGUCCAGGCUCGAGGAACCGUUGUCACGGUUGGCAGUACUGCAGAGUCUCUUGGACUUGCGUACCAAAGUAAUGUGUCUCUGCUGAUUCUCCAAUUCUGUGAAUACGUUGCUGACCAGGUGGGAAUCAUAGGUGUGUAUUGCGGUUCCAAGGCUGCUAACCGCACCAUGUCUGAGACACUACGUGUUGAGCUUGAACCUCUUGGAGUAAAGUGUCUGCAUGUGACGACUAGUUUUGUCAAGACAUCUUGGUUUGACAACGUACCAACCUUCAAAUUACCCAAUGAAUCCUACUAUCAGCCAAUUGAAAAAGAUAUCAAGUCUGCGGCACAGGACCAUGGAUUUCAAAUGAUGCCAGCAGCCGAAUUCAACAAGCAGCUUCUGGUAGUGGACUGGACAAACUUGAUCGAACGAGCAUAG